UGCAAGUCUUGGGCUAGGGCUGAGUUGGGAACAGGGAACUAGAAAAGAACAGAAGGAAAAAUGCAGGUUUGGAUUGUACAGUGGUUUAGAUAAUUAAGGAUGCUGUGUAAGGUGCAGGAGAUUAAUAAGCUAACAACUUUUUCUGACAAGCCUAUUAUUGCUGCCUGGCAGGCAGAAACUUAGUUGGUGAAGUUUUUCCAGUAUGGAGAUGAAGUAAGAGGGAAAGCUUUGCUUGCUAAAUUUCUGCCAGCCAAGCAGCUGUUAAAGACACAGGAGCCCUACCAGGAAAAAACAGCUUCAAAUGUUUACAAGGUUGCUGAUUCUUUCAAUUUAAAGUGCCUUCUGCUGACUGAGGUCCCCUGUUCAGGAAGGCAGGAUGAUGGUGACUCCAGUCAACUUUGAGGCAACAGACUUUAAGAUCACUCUCCCAGAGUUGCAACAUUUGAUGGAAUUUCGAAAGAAAGAUGCAGUGAAGAAAAUAAAGGAACUUUAUGGUGACAUCUUUAACAUCUGUGCAAUGCUGAAAACUUCCCCCACACUUGGGAUACUUGGUUCCAAAUCAGAAAUAGAUAUAAGGAAAGCUGUAUUUGGAAAGAACUUUAUACCUCCUAAAAAGCCCCUAACUUUCCUGGAAUUAGUAUGGGAAGCACUGCAGGAUACGACAUUAUGCAUCUUAGAAAUUGCAGCCAUUAUAUCAUUGGGACUUUCUUUUUAUGAUUCAGGAGGAAGUGUUGCAGCAUGUCAAUUAAAUGAAUUUGGAGAAGAAGAAGAAGAAGGGGAGGCUGACUGGAUUGAAGGAUUUGCAAUACUUGUAUCAGUAAUUUGUGUAGUGUUGGUAACAGCUUUCAAUGACUGGAGUAAGGAAAAACAAUUCAGAGGGUUGCAGGAUCGCAUUGAAAAGGAACAGAAAUUUAGUGUCAUCAGGAAAGGGGAGUCAAUGCAGGUGCCAGUAGCUGAAUUAGUGGUUGGGGAUGUUGCACAGAUCAAAUACGGUGACCUGUUGCCAGCUGAUGGUUUGCUCCUUCAAGGAUAUGAUCUAAAAAUUGAUGAGAGCAGCCUCACAGGGGAAUCAGAUCAUGUCAAGAAGUCUUUGACAGAGGACCCCAUGUUGCUUUCAGGUACCCAUGUGAUGGAAGGCUCUGGAAAAAUGGUUAUUACAGCUGUAGGUUUAAACUCGCAAACAGGAAUUAUCCUCACUUUACUUGGAGUUGGAGAAGAUAGUGAGAAAGCAAAUCAUAAAAACCCAGCCAACCCUCAUAAAACUGCUGGAAAUGAAACAAAGGAAAAAGAACAAACUUCAAAACACAAAAAAGAAAAAUCAAUUCUACAAGCAAAACUCACAAGAUUGGCUGUUCAGAUUGGAAAAGCAGGGCUGGCAAUGUCUAUAAUCACUGUUACUGUUCUUAUAGUCUAUUUUUUAGUUCAAAAUUUUGUGAUUGAGAAGCAUAUUUGGACUGCUGAAUGUACACCCAUUUAUAUACAAUAUAUUGUGCAGUUCUUUAUUAUUGGAGUUACAAUCUUGGUCGUAGCAGUACCAGAGGGCCUUCCACUUGCAGUCACCAUCUCACUUGCCUACUCUGUGAAACAAAUGAUGAAAGAUAAUAACCUAGUGAGACAUUUGGAUGCCUGUGAAACUAUGGGUAAUGCAACAGCAAUUUGUUCUGAUAAAACAGGAACCUUAACCAUGAACAGAAUGACAGUAGUCGAAAUUUUAAUUGCUGGCACACAUUAUAAACAGGUUCCUGAACCUAAAUUAAUUCAUCCAACCAUGCUGAAUUAUUUGCUUAAAAGUAUUUCUGUAAACUGUGCUUAUACUUCGAAAAUACUGCCUCCUGACAAAAAAGGAGGCCUUCCACUUCAAAUUGGCAAUAAGACUGAGUGUGCUUUACUGGGCUUGCUUGUGGAAUUAAAGCAGGAUUAUGAGGAUAUGAGGACUAAGAUACCAGAAGAGAAAUUGUUUAAGGUAUACACCUUCAAUUCUGACAGGAAAUCAAUGAGCACAGUUUUGAAAAACCCCAAUGGGAGUUAUCAACUCUUUAGCAAAGGUGCUUCUGAAAUACUUCUUCAAAAAUGCACCCAUAUACUAAAUGCUGCUGGGGAACCUAUAUCCUUUACCCAGAAAGAGAAGGAAAAUGUGAUAAAAAAUGUGAUUGCACAAAUGGCCUCUGGGGGACUUCGCACCAUAUGUCUAGCAUUCAAAGAUUUCCCAGCUGGCUCAGAACCAGACUGGGACAAAGAAGAUGACAUUUUCAGUGACAUGACUUGUAUUGCAGUUGUAGGUAUUCAAGAUCCAGUGAGACCUGAGGUUCCUGAUGCAAUAAGAAAAUGUCAGAGAGCUGGUAUUGUUGUACGCAUGGUUACUGGGGAUAACAUUAACACAGCUCGUGCAAUAGCUGCAAAAUGUGGAAUUCUGCAACCCGGGGAGAAUUUUGAGUGCUUAGAGGGGCAUGAGUUUAAUAGACUAAUACGUGGUCCAGAUGGACAGAUUAAACAAGAGCUUAUUGACAAGAUUUGGCCUACGCUUCGUGUGCUUGCAAGGUCCUCACCUACUGACAAGUACAACUUGGUAGAAGGGAUCAUUAAUAGCAAUAUCACAGAACAAAGGCAAGUGGUAGCAGUAACUGGUGAUGGUACAAAUGAUGGGCCUGCAUUAAAAAAAGCUGAUGUUGGUUUUGCAAUGGGUAUUGCUGGAACAGAUGUAGCUAAAGAAGCUUCUGAUAUAAUUCUUACUGAUGACAACUUCUCAAGCAUUGUUAAAGCUGUCAUGUGGGGUAGGAAUGUAUAUGACAGCAUUUCCAAAUUCCUUCAGUUUCAGCUUACUGUUAAUGUAGUAGCAGUGGUAGUUGCUUUUAUUGGAGCAGCAGUCACCCAGAAUUCACCUCUGAAAGCUGUUCAGAUGCUGUGGGUAAAUCUCAUUAUGGACACACUUGCUUCUCUUGCUCUAGCAACAGAAAAGCCAACAGACGCUCUGCUGGAACGAAAGCCUUACGGCAGAAAUAAACCUCUUGUUUCCCGUACAAUGCUAAAAAAUAUUAUGUUUCAUGCUAUUUAUCAACUUGUAGUUGUAUUUGCACUUCUUUUUGUGGGUGAAAAAUUCUUUGAUAUUGAAAAUGGACGAAUUGCACCACUACGUGCCCCACCUACCCGACAUUACACUAUUAUUUUUAACACAUUUGUAAUGAUGCAGAUUUUUAAUGAAAUCAAUGCACGCAAGAUUCAUGGGGAAAGGAAUGUUUUUUCAGGAAUAUUCACAAAUUCCAUUUUUUGUUGUGUUUUUGUGGGGACAUUGAUUACACAACUAAUCAUUGUUCAGCUCGGAGGGAAGCCCUUUAGCUGUGCAAGUCUUACACUAGAGCAGUGGCUAUGGUCAAUCUUCUUUGGCCUAGGAACAUUGCUAUGGGGGCAGCUGAUUGUAUAUAUUCCAAAUAGGUUCCUGGGGUUCCUGUGGGAAGUUGGUGUUCAACCACCACAACCUACUGUUGAAGAUGAACAAAUGGAAGUGAUUGACUUAGGUGAACAAGAACUGAAACGCAGUAAGUUUUUGUGCUUCAGGAGCUGGACUAGAAUACGAGUUCAGUGCAGAGCAGUGAAAGAAUUUCAAGAGCCCUUAUAUAAUAAAGAUGUGCAUUCAACAAAUAGUAAAACUGCAUAACACAACACGAGUAAUGAAUAUGAAAACUUCACAUGUUAUUGUAUUUGCAUUUCAAAAAAAAAGUAAUGUGCACAUUAGCAAUAUUAAGAAAUGGAUGGAUUUUUCCCCCUCCAUACUGGUGAGUAAGAUGCUUUUAAAAAGCUAACUAACAAAAUAGAUAGACCUUUCUAGAAGAUAUAGGAAACAACAUAAGGAAUCAAAAUAAAAUUCUCUUCAAAAUGUCUUCAUAUAUGGGUCUGAAUAUUAUAUUAGCUGACUUUUAAUGUACCUAGAGCCUUUAAAUUUCUUUUUUGCAAGGGCCAUCUUCAGAAAGAGGGAAAGUGAUUGAUGAAGCCAAAAGCCGUGUCGUGGUUUUUUAUAUAUAUUUCUUGACUUAAAUGUGGUAUUAUAUUAUAAAUUAUAGAAGUUAAACAGCUUUUUACUUUUGCUCCUGUUUAUACUUAUAACUGAUAUGAAUUAGCUGAGCUGCCUUAUGCCCUCAAUCACCUGUUUGGAAAUGUGUUACUUUCUCAAGUAUUUUGAACUCUUUCUUUAGCUGCUCUGCUUUGAAUGGAGGGGGAAAGAUCUGACUACAAACAAGCCAAGCUUAUUUGCGUUUUGUUCUUGGUAGUUG